UUAGAUGAAGACGGGACAUGUUUAUGGCGGAAUUUAUAAAUUUUGAAAUAUGAAUCUUUAUCUGAUUAAUUUAUGAAUAGAGGAUGCGAGAACGAUCACCACGUGAUUGCUAUCUUAUUGGAACAGACAAAAUGAGUGGAAGCGCGAAUAAAAUUGAUGAAAUAAAAAAGGCGAUCAGCAGUUAUCCUGACUUCCCAAUCAAAGGAAUCCUUUUCAGGGACGUGUUUUCUGUGCUGCGGCAGCCCAAGAUCUUCGGUCUCUUGAGGGAUGUGAUGGUCGAGCACGCCAAGCAACUGCAGCCUCCAGUCCAAGUUGUCGCAGCGCUUGAAAGUCGCGGAUUCCUUUUCGGUCCUCUGAUAGCUUUGGAACUUAACGUGCCUUUCGUGCCAAUUAGAAAGAAGGGAAAACUACCGGGAAUGACUAGAACUGUCCAAUACUCGCUGGAAUACGGUCAAGAUGCUUUCGAAAUGCAGGAAGAUGCUGUUAAACAAGGAGACCGUGUGUUGAUCGUGGAUGAUCUUCUAGCAACGGGCGGAAGUAUGUCCGCAUCAUGCAGCCUCGUAAAUGCUUUUGGUGCUGAAGUUGCAGAGUGCUUCGUGGUCAUGGAGCUGAGCGACCUUAACGGUAGGGCCAAAAUUGCAGCGAAUGUACAUUCUUUAAUUCAAUACGAUUGACAAACAUAAUAUAUCAUAUAUAUUAUUUGUAUAUAAAUAUUAUUGAGCUACGCUUUAUAACAUGUUUUUUAAAUUAAAUA